AAAAUAGAUAUAGGAAAAAAGAAGAAAAAGGUGCACGCUCCCCGAGGCACUCCCCUAAACCCCUCUUCUUUCCUUAUUUUCACACACUAAAAGCACACAGUUGAAGCAGCUUAAGCUAGUUUACAACUCACCAAAAUCUAGGGUUUCAUCACAAAAUGAAUCUCUUCAGGAAAAAAACAUCUCCCAAAGAUGCAUUGAGGACUAGCAAAAGGGAGAUGUCUGUUGCUACUAGAGGCAUUGAGCGUGAGAUUGCAUCUUUAGAAUUAGAGGAGAGGAAACUUGUGGCGGAGAUAAAGAGAACAGCAAAAACUGGGAAUGAGGCUGCCACCAAGAUCUUGGCUCGUCAGCUUGUACGUCUUAGGCAGCAAAUAACAAAUCUGCAGGGGAGUCGUGCACAGAUAAGAGGAGUGGCUACACAUACACAGGCUUUGUACGCCAGCACUUCAAUUUCGACAGGAAUGAAAGGUGCAACAAAAGCAAUGGUGGCAAUGAACAAGCAAAUGGAACCUGCCAAACAAGCUAAGGUGGUUAGGGAGUUCCAGAAGCAGUCAGCUCAGAUGGACAUGACGAUUGAAAUGAUGUCAGAGUCCAUUGAUGAAACUCUUGACAAGGACGAGGCCGAAGAGGAAACAGAGGAGCUUACUAACCAGGUGCUUGAUGAGAUUGGUGUGGACAUUGCAUCACAGUUGUCUUCGGCCCCAAAAGGACGAAUUGCUUCGAAGAAGGUUGACAAUGCUGUACCUAGCGCUCAGUCUAAUGAUGUUGAGGAUCUCGAGAAGAGGUUGGCUUCACUUCGACGCAUAUGAUCCCUGAUACUUGCAUAGUGGACAGUCAGAGUCCUAAAUAGUUUAUUUUUCUCUCUUGUAUAAAUAACAUAUAUAUGACAUAUUUGUGUAACUGGUAGAUUUAAAAGUUACUGUACUAUUAUUGCCUUGGA